AUGUCUCGAAAAUGGGCUAGAAAUAUCACAACUUGGGCCGUCUGGGUAGAAACUACAAUUGGCUUUCUAGCAGAUGGCAGCAAAUCCAGUUGGAUCGGCAAAGGAACGUCAUUUUUAGGAAUCGUUAUAUACAUCCUCCUUAACUGGUCAUAUACCACUGCCGUUUUUACGAGCCCGGGGACGACUACAGCCGCGAAUCAUGGAUAUAGCGCCCUCCCGACACACAACCCUGUUGCGACAAACUUUACGGUGAAAGCGAACGGGGAAUUGCGCUAUUGUAAGAAGUGUCGAGCAAGGAAGCCAGAUCGAUCUCAUCAUUGCUCGACAUGCGGGAUUUGUGUAUUGAAGAUGGAUCAUCAUUGCCCAUGGCUGGCUACCUGUGUCGGACUGCGAAAUUACAAAGCUUUCCUCUUGUUCCUGAUAUAUACAACAUUAUUCUGUUUUCUCUGUUUCGCAGUAUCAGGUUCUUGGGUUUGGAGGGAGAUUUUGAGUGAUGGAGAAUAUACAGACUCGUUGUUACCCGUAAAUUACGUUAUGCUAGUCGUGGUGUCUGGAAUUAUAGGAUUGGUAUUGGCAGGUUUCACAGGAUGGCAUAUCUUGCUGUCAUCCCGCGGUCAAACGACAAUUGAGUGCCUCGAGAAGACAAGAUACUUAUCCCCGCUAAAAAAGUCGAUUCGAGGUCAACACAUCCCUGAAGAUCAGAGUCAUGGAACAUACGAACAGUUAGAGAGAGCCAGAGCAAGAAAUCGAUAUGAGGAAUAUCUUGACGAACAAGAUUCGGAAAAGUUGCCUAGUGCAUUUGAUCUUGGGUGGAGAAAAAACUUCAAGCACUUAUUUGGCUCCAGGGCAUUGUUAUGGGCUCUUCCAAUACCUACUACCACUGGAGAUGGAUGGAGUUGGGAAGCAAGUCCGAAAUGGCUUGAAGCCAGAGAAAAACUCGCUCGAGAACGAGAGGAACAAAGAAGCAGAGAAAGAGCAGCUGGCUGGGGCGAACCAACAUCUCCCAUAGUGCCAAGGUCAGAAGGAGCUGGCAGACAUUAUGUUUCCUACCCUACUCAACCCAAUCGAACAAAUCGUCUUCAAUCUAAAGCAGACCGAAUCUUGGGACGCGGUCCGAAUCAAUAUGUGGAUGAAGCAGACUCGAACGCCGUCUCCAUGCAAACCUUGCAACCAAGAGACAGCGACGAAGACCAUUACGAGAUUAGUAGUGAUGAGGAUGAAGCCGAGAGACGAAUCCUCGACCAAAAAGCUGCCGGUGGGUGGCCCCAAAGAGUUGGGGUUGUUACGAAUACAUUACUAGGAAAUACGAUAGCACGACAAAAAGACGACGCGAAAGGAUGGGAUGGACAUGGGCAUGAUGAUGAUGUAGAUUAG